AUGGAGUUCUAUACUGAUAAUACUCCAGAAGCAGUUAAAAAUGCAACAGGCUUUCAUCUAAUCACCGAAGCUACACCAAACGGCAAAAAGGUGCAAAUAAUGCUUGAAGAACUGAAAGAUGUUUAUGGCCUUGAAUGGACGACUAGCUUAAUUGAUCUCGAAACAGAUGAACAAAAGGAAGAUUGGUUUCUGCGUUUGAAUCCUAAUGAUAUGACUAACUCCAGCUUUGAAGCUCACGACCGUUGA